UCGCAAAUCCGCACAUCCCUUUCUGCCCCUCGUCUUCUCCCCCUCCCUGGCCGGCCUGUCUAGUACAAAACAAUGGGGACUCGGCUCUUGGCGCUCGCGCCAUGGCUGCUGCUGCUCCUCCUGCAGCUCGCCGGCGCGUCCCAUGUCGUCCACCGGAGCCUCGAGGCCGAGCAGGCGCCGAGCUCGGUGCCGGCCUCCAUUGUCAGCCCCCUGCUCAGGACAGGAUACCACUUCCAGCCCCCGAUGAACUGGAUCAACGAUCCGAACGGGCCACUGUAUUACAAGGGAUGGUACCACCUAUUCUACCAGUACAACCCCAAGGGAGCUGUGUGGGGCAAUAUCGUGUGGGCUCACUCGGUAUCACAGGACCUCAUCAACUGGAUAGCCCUUGAGCCGGCAAUCAAGCCCGACAUCCCCUCCGACCAGUACGGUUGUUGGUCUGGCUCUGCCACCAUCCUUCCCGAUGGCACGCCGGCGAUCCUCUACACUGGGAUCGACCGCCCCAACAUCAACUACCAGGUGCAGAAUAUCGCAUUUCCCAAGAAUGCGUCAGACCCGCUCCUUCGUGAGUGGGUCAAGCCGGCCUACAACCCGGUGGCCACGCCGGAGCCUGGUAUGAACGCAACGCAAUUCCGCGAUCCGACAACGGCCUGGUACGCCGACGGUCAUUGGCGGAUGCUCGUUGGUGGCCUGAAGGGGGCUCGCCUCGGCCUUGCCUACCUCUACCGGAGCCGGGACUUCAAGACAUGGGUUCGGGCCAAGCACCCACUCCAUUCGGCGCUCACUGGGAUGUGGGAGUGCCCAGACUUCUUUCCGUUGCAAGCACCAGGUCUCCAGGCUGGCCUCGACACAUCUGUGCCGAGCAGCAAGUACGUGCUCAAGAACAGCCUCGAUCUCACCCGUUAUGACUACUACACGGUGGGCAUCUACAACAAGGUGACGGAGCGGUAUGUGCCGGACAACCCUGCUGGCGACUACCACCGGCUCCGCUAUGACUACGGCAACUUCUACGCAUCAAAGACCUUCUUCGACCCGGUGAAGCACCGCCGCAUCCUGCUUGGGUGGGCUAACGAGUCCGACAGCGUCACCUACGACAAGGCGAAGGGCUGGGCCGGCAUCCAUGCGAUCCCAAGAAAGGUAUGGCUGGACCCGAGCGGGAAGCAGCUUCUGCAGUGGCCAAUCGAGGAGCUGGAGACGCUGAGGGGCAAAUCGGUCAGCGUCUUUGACAAGGUGGUGAAGCCCGGGGAACAUUUCCAAGUCACGGGCCUCGGAACCUACCAGGCUGACGUGGAGGUGAGCUUGGAGGUGUCCGGGCUGGAGAAGGCGGAGGCGUUGGACCCGGCGUUCGGCGACGACGCGGAGAGGCUGUGCGGCGCGAAGGGCGCGGACGUGAGGGGCGGCGUGGUGUUCGGGCUGUGGGUGCUGGCCUCCGCCGGCCUGGAGGAGAAAACCGCCGUCUUCUUCCGCGUCUUCAAGCCGGCCGGGCACGGCGCCAAGCCCGUCGUCCUCAUGUGCACCGACCCUACCAAGUCUUCUCUUAGCCCGGAUCUCUACAAGCCAACUUUUGCCGGGUUCGUCGACACCGACAUCUCGUCCGGGAAGAUCUCCUUGAGAAGCUUGAUUGACCGUUCGGUGGUUGAGAGCUUCGGCGCCGGGGGCAAGACCUGCAUCCUGUCGAGAGUUUACCCGUCGAUGGCGAUAGGUGACAAGGCCCAUCUUUACGUCUUCAACAAUGGGGAGGCGGAUAUUAAGAUUUCACAUCUGAAAGCGUGGGAAAUGAAGAAGCCGCUUAUGAAUGGCGCCUAAUUAAUUUGCCGCGGAUAUAUAUGAUGGCGACUUUAAUUAAUUGCUAUUAUUAAAUCAUCACUCGCCAUCUGCGAUAUACCGGCCAGAUCGUCCCUGACAUCGAUCUCCUGUUCUUGGCCGAUGUUGCACGCUGCACGAUAUUUGAUUGCUUGUUGCUGAGGAUGAUUGGAGUUUGUAUUCGUGUCUCCAGAUAUCGAAAGACCAGGGUAAUUUUACACUCUUCUUGUACAAUUAAUUGAUUGUAUCACGAGUUGUUUGUAAACAAUUGUUUGUAUCACGAGUUGUUUGCAAACAUUUGUUUGUACCACGAUCGAGUUGUGUGACAAAUAAAUUAAGAUGCUGAUUAUUUCAUCAUGUUACAGAUAAUAAAGAGGUUUUCCGUGAUUUACUUCA